GGGAACUACACUUCUUGUUAAGGGAACGGCUCCGGCAGGCCGCGCGUUACGGGGGCGUCACACUGCCCGCACCAGGGUCCAAAGCUGCAGAGUGUUUGAGGGGCAGGCCGGAAGGGGGUGUCUUUUCCUUCACUCUGCGCUCAGGCGGUGCGGAUCUGUGUUAUUUCGCCCCACUGCCGUGCGCUCCUGGCCCGGCUCCCGGUGUCAGCUUUUCCUGGGCCCCUCAAGGAGUUGGGGCCUGGAGGUUCGGAGUUAACGGCCGCUGCCUGGCGCGGGAGCGAGGGGCGCUCCCCUCUUCAGCCCAUCCAACCCCGCGCCUGGUCCUUGCCUCCAUGGGCCCAACUCAGAAACCCAACGUGUGCCGCCAGCUGAGUCGCCGGGCGCUGGGCUUCUUCUCGCGGGACGCAGGCGUGGUGCAGAGGACGAACCUGGGCAUCCUGAGGGUGCUGGUGUGCCAGGAAAGUACUAAAUUUAAGAAUGUGUGGACAACUCAUUCCAAGUCACCUAUAGCCUAUGAGAGAGGAAGAAUAUAUUUUGACAAUUAUCGGUGCUGUGUCAGCAGUGUUGCCUCAGAGCCAAGAAAACUUUAUGAAAUGCCAAAAUGUUCCAAAUCAGAAAAAAUAGAGGAUGCAUUAUUAUGGGAAUGCCCGGUGGGGGAAAUACUUCCCAAUUCAUCAGAUUAUAAAUCUUCACUCAUAGCACUGACUGCUCAUAAUUGGCUAUUUCGCAUAUCAGCAACUACUGGAAAAGUCCUUGAGAAAAUAUAUCUUGCUUCAUAUUGCAAAUUCAGAUACCUGAGCUGGGACACUCCUCAAGAAGUCAUUGCAGUCAAGUCAGCUCAAAACAAGGGCUCAGUAUUGGCCCGGCAGGCAGGCAUUCAACAGCCUGUUUUGCUGUACCUUGCAGUGUUCCAUGUUUUACCUUUUUCACUCAUAGGGAUUCUGGAGAUCAACAAGAAGAUUUUCGGGAACGUUACAGAUGCUACCUUGUCUCAUGGAAUACUGAUUGUGAUGUACAGCUCAGGACUGGUCAGACUCUAUAGCUUCCAAGCCAUCACUGAACAGUUCAUGCAACAGAAACUUGACUUAGGGUGUGCAUGCAGAUGGGGUGGGACUGCUGGAACUGUAGGAGAGGCUCCUUUUGGCAUUCCUUGUAAUAUUAAAAUCACAGACACACCACCACUGCUCUUUGAGGUGUCCUCCCUGGAGAAUGCUUUUCAAAUUGGAGGCCAUCCUUGGCACUACAUCAUCACGCCUAAUAAGAAGAAACAGAAAGGGGUUUUCCAUAUUUGUGCCCUGAAAGAUAACUCCUUGGCAAAAAAUGGGAUCCAAGAAAUGGAAUGUUGUUCUCUAGAAUCUGACUGGAUCUAUUUUCAUCCUGAUGCUUCUGGUAGAAUAAUACAUGUCGGCCCAAAUCAGGUCAAAGUUCUAAAGCUAAAUGAAGUAGAAAAUAAUAGUGCCCAGCAUCAGAUCUCUGAAGAUUUUGUCAUUUUGGCCAACAGGGAGAAGAACAAAAAUGAAAACUUACCCACUGUUACAGCCUCUGGACGGGUGGUGAAAAAAAAUUUUAACCUUUUGGAUGAUGACCCAGAACAAGAGACUUUUAAAAUCGUGGACUAUGAAGAUGAGCUGGAUUUGCUUUCCGUGGUAGCUGUUACCCAAAUAGAUGCUGAAGGAAAAGCUCACCUGGAUUUCCACUGUAAUGAAUAUGGGACUUUACUUAAAAGCAUUCCACUAGUGGAGUCAUGGGAUGUGACGUACAGCCAUGAAGUCUACUUUGACAGAGACUUGGUACUACACAUAGAACAGAAACCAAGCAGGGUCUUCAGCUGCUAUGUUUACCAGAUGGUAUGUGACCCUGGUGAAGAAGAAACAACAAACAGAAGUUGUGAAAAAGAGUGAGAUAAUUUUAAAUUUUGAGGUGUAACUUAUGAGAACUUUAGCCACAUAACCCCAGCAGCUAUGUUCAGUCCUCCUUUUUGUUAUCUGUAUAGCAAGUUCUCUAGUGUUUUCUAGAAAAGGUCUUGUAUUGUCUUCAGA